UAGCGAAGUAGCAUGCGAAGAAGCGGCUCGGCUGACCGCGGAGGCGAUGCAAUGCGCCGAAGAGGAAUCGAUGUCGUACUGCGAGUACCACGACGUGCCGCCUCCGCCUGACGGAGGUUACGGUUGGGUUGUCGUUUUCGCCUCAUUUAUGUGCAACAUGAUCGUAGAUGGCAUCGCUUACACAUUCGGCGUUUUUCUUGGCGAAUUCGUUCUGUAUUUCGGAGAAGGCAAAGGAAAGGUUGCAUGGGUUGGCAGUCUUCUGUCUGGAAUGUACCUGAGUGCUGGGCCUGUGGUGUCGGCGCUGACGAAUAAGUACGGCUGUAGGGCAGUUUGCAUAGCGGGAAGUUUGAUUGCAAGUUCUGCCUUCGUGCUCAGUACUUUCAGCGGAUCAGUUACCACGCUAAUGAUCACGUACGGCGUCAUGGGAGGCAUUGGAUUCGGUCUGAUUUACUUACCAGCUGUCGUUUGCGUCGGUUAUUACUUCGAGACGAAACGUUCUUUAGCGACAGGUAUUGCGGUAUGCGGUUCCGGUUUCGGUACCUUCACUUUCGCACCUUUGGCCACGUUGUUGCUGGAACACUUCGACUGGAGAGGUGCCAAUCUCAUAUUGGCUGGACUCAUCCUCAAUUGCGCAGUAUUCGGAGCUAUGAUGAGGCCACUGGUUUAUCCUAAGCAAUCCAAUGUGAAGCCGCUGUUGCAACGCAUGGCCGAAGAAAAGCGUUUCCAAAUGGAACGAGGUUCGAUUGGCGGUUCUUAUUUCAUGGUACAACUACCCGAUGGAAGCAUGGAAAAACGCAUGAAAAUGCCGAUCAACAUUGAUCCUGGAGUUCAUUCUAGUUUUCAUUUGGACGAACUGGUAGGCAUGCCCGGGACACCAAUGAAUAACACGUUGCACACGGUGGCCACGUUGCCAACGAUUUCUGAAGCUAAAGUGCAAGAACAAAGUGGAUCAUCUGGAAACUCGAGCAAUGGUAGUGGCGAGGGAGAAGAUACUGAUGCUGUUAAGAAUUCAACAAGACCUGCAAGAACGGAAUCUAAGGCCGGCGAUCAAGAGUUCCCGACCACGAGGGCCGGAGCAAUGCCGAGGAAUGCAUCCCAGCCCGCUUUCACAACCCAUCACCAAGGCUUGCCCAAGAAUGGAUCGGUGCCUACUUUCGACAGGAUAAGAAAGAUUUCUCAGGGCGAGCGCUUCAAGCCGUCUCUGGCUGCGAUCAGGUCUAAUUCGAGAGGGAAUGUCAACAGCAAUGGCGAUGUCAGGAAGAGCAUGAAUCUGAGAUUGUCCACAUCUUCUAUGAUGAUGGGGAGCCGAAAUAACAACAGCGAUGAUUAUGAUGAAACUGCUAGUAUGUUUACCUCAAAAACAUCAUUGGCAAGAGAACGACCACAAAUCGUGCGCCCGAUGUCUCGAAAGGAUAUAUUCUACUCAGGUUCUGUGGUAAAUCUUCCAGAGUACCAGUCGCAGAAGUCUUUGACGAACUAUCGUAAUUCGGUGGUGUCUUUGCCGAGAUACGCUAGGGAUAUGAGAGAUGGACGAGACAUCGAGAAGGCUGAACAGUACGAUCUAUGUCCAUGUUUGGUUAUUCCGGAAUCUUUCAAGAGCGCCUUGGCGACAAUGAUGGAUUUCUCCCUUUUGAAAGACCCUGUAUUUAUGCUAAUUGGAAUUUCUAAUGUUUUUGGAAUGGCUGGACUCUAUGUACCUUUCGUUUACCUCGUUGACGCAGCCGUUCUUGAUGGAAUUGAACAGAACUCUGCAUCCUUUUUGUUGUCUAUAAUUGGUAUUACUAAUACUGUGGGUCGUGUUGCCUGUGGAUAUGUUGCUGAUUUUCCAUGGGUUAACUCGUUACUGCUCAACAAUAUAUGCCUUGUAAUUUCUACUUUAGCAGUUGCAGCUACUCCAUUGUGCCAUACUUAUACCGCGUAUAUAAUUAUGUCCGUAUUCUUCGGCGUUGCAAUUUCUGGCUACAUAUCAUUGACGUCUAUUAUACUGGUAGAUCUAUUGGGCCUUGAUAAAUUAACAAAUGCUUUUGGUUUGCUAAUAUUGUUUAGAGGUGCAGCUGCCAUAAUUGGAUCUCCUUUGGCUGGUGCUGUAUAUGAUGCAACAAAUUCAUAUUCGAUUCCGUUUUACAUGGCAGGCGCAUUUUUUGCGAUCUCAACUAUAACAAGUUUUAUGGCUCCUGCUAUGAAAAGAUGCGUGAAACCACAAGAUCAACCAAUGUAUCCUGAAGUGCUGACACCAAUAGAUGAAGAUGAAGAGGAGGAAGAUGAGGAUGAUCCAAUAACAAUGGUCCCACGAAUUGUAGAAACAUGUCCCAGUCCUAUGGGGCAACCAGAAGAAACCUUACCAAGAAACAAUUCAUCCCCACGAGAAAUUAAACAAAUUGAGUCUGUUUUGUAAUAUAUAAAAUUCGUCAAUAGUUCAUAAGAGAUUGAAUUGGUGUAAUAAUUCAGUGGGAACUGAAAAAUAGAAUAUUGAUGUGUGAUAUGAUAUAUUGAAGAUGUAAUAUUUGCAGUGUGUAGUAAAUAUGAUCUAGAAAAUCAAAGUCUGAUGGUCUUCAAAUAAUAUACAUGAUGUAUUCUGUCUUCCACCCGGAUAGGAUGGCUUUGGUUUGUAUUUUUGUUUUAUAUUAUUAUUAAGAAUAUUUUACCUUAGAUUGUUAAUAUAUUGUAAUUAUGUACAUGUAUUUUAAUAGUUUUAUUAUAUAAUGUAUAGAUUUUGAUAUU